UUAGUGACUUUUGAAACAUGUGGAUAUCGUGGGAGAAAACAGUUGCAAUAUAUUUUUUAGCCUGCAUUUGUGCACUAAAUGUAAAAGGCGAAACUUUAGAUGACGUGGAAAGUGUUGAUGACCCCAUAAAAUUUUAUGUAUAUACUAGACAAAAUAAUGUUACGCCACAGAUAUUGCAAGCUGAUGUAGAGUCCAUAGUGCGUAGUGUUCUAAAUCCAAGUAAACAAACUACUCUAGCUAUUCACGGUAUACUGGGAAACAAAAGUUCCGAAGAAUGUUUGAUAAUUAAAGAGGAAAAAUUAAAAGUUGAAGAUGCCAACAUUAUUAUAGUGGACUAUAGUUCCCUAAUGGACGGCAAAGAUUUUGGAGUUGAUUUCAUUUCUGCAGAUUUAGUAGCCAAAUCUAUUACAGAUUUAGUUAUAUUGCUAAAGGAAAGUUUUAACAUGAAUAUCCAAAAUAUACAUAUAGUGGGUUUUAGUCUGGGUGGCCAAAUUGCUGGACUUGCGGGUCAAAACAUUUAUGAACGCUGUGGUGAAAAAAUUAAUCGCAUUACAGCACUAGAUCCUGCUGGAAUACUUUUUACUGAGAAUACUCCUGCUAACGAAAAAUUAACUGCAGACGAUGCUGAUUAUGUGGAAGUCGUACACACGAAUGCAGGUGAAUAUGGUUAUGAAACACCUUGUGGUCAUGUGGAUUACUAUCCCAAUGGUGGUAAAAUUCAACCUGGUUGCAUUUCUGCAGAUAAUGCAUGUUCUCAUAAUCGUGCUUACAAAUUUAUACCCGAAAUGUGGUCACCAGUUAAACAUCAGGAAUUUUUACUACUUAAAUGUGAAAAUUUAGAAUUUAUGAGUUUGGACUCUUGUCGUUGGCAAAAUGAAAUAAUGGGUGAAUUGGGUCAACAGCAAAAGGGUUUGUAUUAUGUAGAAACCAAUGACAAUAUUCCCUUUGGUAAGGGAGCUUUUAAGAAACAAUUUUUAUAACUGUUCGUUCAUAUUCAUAUAUAAUGAUUAGAAAUAACAUACUUUAAACAAUGUUGUCUUAUAAUAUUAUUAUUAACAUGUAUUUGCAUUAAGAAAAUCUAAUAAAUUGAAAAGUUUCAUUUGUAAUAAACA